CCCUCCCUUCCCGGCUCUCUUCCUCUCCAACACAACUUCCCUGGAAGCUGCUCUCCUUCCACACUCCUCCUGGCGUCCUCCGCUGUCAUUUGAGAGCCUCCUCACCUUCUCAGUGUUUACCCACCAUUCGCCUGGCAACCGUCUGCAGCCUGAGGAUUACCAGAGGCCGUUAUUUUAAACGGAAACAUCUCUGCCUUCCUUCGACUGGCUUUUUUGGGGAAUUGGGGUCUGGAGGUUUAAACCGCGGGGACUGCAGAGGAGACGGGGACCCUGACUCCUUGCUUCUUUUUUCCCAUGAUUUUUAUAGAGUUAUUGGUUGACUCUGACGGGCUAAAUUAGGGAUUUAGAGAACUCCCCGCACCAUGGAUCACUCUUUGUUUGGCUGCCUACGCAGCCCUCACACCUCGGCUCAGAGCCUGCACCCUGCCAUCCCUCAGUCUCCGCUGACCCUGCACAAGAGCAAUCAUGUCUCCUACUUGGAUCUACCCAGUUAUUCGCCUCCCUGCAACUAUUCUGGAGGAGAAGAGAAUGGUGCGUUUGGUGGCCCAGUCCAUCGAGGCCCCGUGCCCCAACAGCAGCAGCAGCCUCAUCACCCUCAGUACCCUCCUGGUUGGCCUGUCCCGCCGGAGAUGCCCUCAUCUAACCCUCGGCACGGUGUGUGCAUACCACCACUUGAGGCACCGGCAACAGAACUGCGCUUGAGGGUCUCGAAUCUGUGUGACAGUAACUUUGGUUCAGGUAGUGGUGACCAAACGGAGGGGUCAACAGUGUGUAGGCAGCAACACGGUCUGUCUUCCGAGGUCUCAGACAGAAGGAGCAAUAAGGACAAGAGUGAUAACGAGUCCCAAGACGGGAGCUAUAAGUCAGACAUGAGCAGCAAGCCCAGGAAGGAGCGCACGGCCUUCACCAAAGAACAGAUCCGGGAACUGGAGUCUGAGUUUGCUCACCACAACUAUUUGACCAGACUGAGACGCUACGAAAUCGCUGUCAACCUCGACCUCACGGAACGACAAGUGAAGGUGUGGUUCCAGAACAGGAGGAUGAAGUGGAAACGUGUGAAGGGAGGCCAACAGGGAGCAACAGCAAGGGAGAAGGAACUGGUGAAUGUGAAAAAGGGAACUUUACUCCCAUCGGAGCUUUCGGGGAUUGUCGCACUGCAGCUGUCGGCGAGCUCGCCAACAGUGCCUACGACUGAGGACGACAGCCAUGACAGUGACCAGAGCUCAGAGCCCCCGCACCUAUGACCUUCCACGGUGCCCCUCCUUCAAAAGUGAUGUCGGGCAGAAUAGAAAUGAAGGAAGCGUUGGUGAGGUGUUUGAAAAACCACAUGUACGCAGCAAAACUCCCUAGCAGACAACAAAAUGAGAUGAAAGAACAUUCCACGAACGCUUUGCAUUGAUGAAGGUGCUUGAGUUUUGCACCACUAAAUGUUUGCUUCAGUCAAAUUCUACUGUAUUCUUUGAACAAUCAGACACCAAUGUUUCUGUUGUGUGUAAAAUGGAAUGGAAUUGAAGGAACUUGUGCUUUUGAAACGUUUCUAAAUCACCAGCCUAGGCACAAAUGUUAAAUGUACCUUUAUACUAUUGUUUUGCAUCUCGCUUCCUCUGAAUGUUUACAAGCUUUUUACUUAACAAAAUAGUUGGAUUUUCAAUGCAAAUAAAUCUGAAACAUCCAAGUAAUGUCCUUAUGUCAAUAAUUUAGCACCUAUAUUUAUGUAUAUAUCGACAUUUGGGAAAAAUCAAGGUGAGUCAUUACUACACAAG